ACCACCACCAUCACCACCACCACCACCACCCUCACCCUCAGCCGCUCUCCCAGCACCACCAUCACCACCACCAGCUCCCCUCCUCCUCCUCCUCCUCCUCUCCCCCUCGCUUCUCUCCCCCUCCCUUCUCCUCCUCUGGGGUAGCCAUGGCGACGGCUGCCACCACCUCUUCCUCCCCCUCCUCCUCCCCGUCGUCCUCGUCGUCGGCUAAUGGCAGCGCCCGGGAGCACCUGCUGGCGGUGCGUCGGCGCACCCCGCACACCCGGCCGUACACGAUCGGGCCAGACAGCCUCUGCAGCUUGUCGGUGCAGGGCGCGGUCGGGGGCUCCACCUCUGGGUCCUCCUCCUCCUCUAUGUCCUCAGGGGUCCAGCCAGAAGCCACAGGUCUGGGACUCCAGCGGGCCAAUAGCGACACGGACCUGGUUACCUCAGACAGCCGCUCAUCUCUCACAGCGUCUACGUACCAGCUGACUCUAGGUCAUGGACAUCUGGUCAUUUCCUGGGACAUUAAGGAGGAAGUGGAUGCCACCGACUGGAUCGGCCUGUAUCACAUUGAUGAGACGUGUGUGGCCAAUGUCUGGGACUCCAAGAAUCGCGGCGUGAACGGCACCCAGAGAGGACAGAUUGUGUGGAGACUGGAGCCAGGACCCUACUUCAUGGAGCCGGAGACAAAGAUCUGCUUUAAAUACUAUCAUGGAGUAAGUGGAGCAUUAAGAGCAACAACACCUUGUAUCACUGUCAAGAACCCUGGAGUGACGGUGGGCAGUGAAGGCCAAGUGGAUGACCAAUCAGGGACUGAGCACUGUCGGAAGCUUGUCAGUUUCACCCUAUCAGACAUCCGGGCAGUGGGCCUGAAGAAGGGCAUGUUCUUCAACCCAGACCCUUACCUGAAGAUGUCCAUCCAGCCUGGGAAGAGGAGCGGCCUCCCCAAGUUCAGCCACCACGGCCAGGAGAGACGAUCCUCCAUCAUAGCUAACACCAUCAACCCUGUGUGGCACGGAGAGAAGUACACCUUUGUGGCUCUGAUGACUGACGUGUUGGAGAUUGAAGUAAAGGACAAGUUCGCCAAAAGCCGACCAAUCAUCAAGCGGUUUCUGGGUCAGCUGAUCAUCCCCGUGCAGAGACUUCUGGAGGGGCCGGCAGCUAAUGAUCAGCCCAUCAGCUACAGCCUGUGUCGCCGUCUCCCCACGGACCACGUAAGCGGGCAGCUUCUGUUCGGAGUAGACAUCACCUCCAACGGACAGGAAGCAUCCCCAGACACAGUGGGGACCAUCUUGGGCGCCGCAGUGAAUGGUGACCCCGGGAGUCCCUCUGACGAUGAAGACCUCCCUCACCCCUCUUCAUCUUCACGCGUCACGUGCGGACCUUCGCCCACAGGCUCUGAUGAGGGCUCCCUGUUAGUUAAUGGUACUUGUUACUACGUCGAUGAUGGUGUGUGGCGAGAGCCUGAGCGGACGGGAGAGGAGGAUCUGCUUCCUGUGGGUCUGGGUGCCCACACCCACCGUCAGGUGUCACUGAACGACUACCUGGAUGCCAUUGAGGCUCCCAGGAACCCCGGGGACCAAUCCCUGGCAGGGCCGUCUCCGAAACUCCGCUCCAGCUUUCCAACAGACACGCGGCUCAAUGCCAUGCUGCACAUAGACUCAGAUGAGGAUGAGGAGACAACGGGGCAGCACAGGGACCAGUCCCAUGAGAUAAAGACACAGCAGAGCACAGACUCAGCCUCACCGAGGAGAUCAGCCAGAUCUGAGUCUCAACAGGGAAACGAGGGUUCAAAAGGAGAGCCUCAGAGGCAGACUGGACCGGGGGCUACAGCGGAGGCAGAUUCAUCCUCUGGUGCUCAACCUGUAACUGAGUCUGAAGGGGCUGAAGCUGGAGCUGGGGCUGCAGAGGGUUCAGCUGGAGUUAAAACACCAGCAGGAACAUCAACAGCUUCUGAGACUGCAGCUGGGAACGGAGAAGCUGCUGGCGCGUCAGCCGAGAUGACGCAUGUCACCGGAGAAACCUCCGCAGCAUCCUGCUCAUCUCAGGCAUCAGGAGCUGAGGCGGCUGCAGUCGCUGACCCGGCCGAGUCUGUGAAGGAGUGUAGCUGUCAGGAGCAGAGCAGCAGGACAAAUCAAGACGUACCCUGCAUUCCUACACUCGGCGUACUUUCACCCAUUCAGGAGGUGGAGUCAAGAACAGAGGUGGCUCCGAAGGCGGAGGAGGAAGGAGGAGAGUCAUCGAGCAGCGAGGCGAAUGGGCCAGUAGCAGCAGCUGCUCCUGCUAGCAGCAGCACAGCUGACCAAAGAGGAGGGACCUCUGAAGCUGGAGCUCAAACCAGUGGCGGGGACAGGCAGGAGGAGCAGGAGGGAGGGGAGGUUUGGAGGAGGAGGCGGUCCAUACCGUCCUCCGGGAGUGUGGCCCAGAACCAGGAAGUGUGCAGGGCCAGAGAGAGUCAGAGUGGGACGAUGGGGGAGAGAGAGACAGGUGCCACUGCUCACGUGAAUGGCCACCAGUCUGUUCGCUCCCUGCCAUCCAUCCGCCAUGACAUCAGCCGUUACCAGAGAGUGGAUGAGCCGCUGCCACCCAACUGGGAAGCUCGUAUCGACAGCCACGGUCGGAUCUUUUACGUGGACCACGUCAACAGAACCACAACCUGGCAGCGUCCCACAGCUCCCCCGGCCCCGCAGACCCUCCAGAGGUCCAACUCCAUACAGCAGAUGGAGCAGCUGAACCGCAGGUAUCAGAGUAUACGUAGGACGAUAACCAAUGAUAGCAGACCAGAGGAGCAGCCAGCCAAUGAGCUGCUGGCAGAUGAGACUGACAUGCAGCCCUCCAUGUCAGAGCUGCGAAGGGACAACAACGUGGCUCAGUCCAGUUCCAGGUCUCGCCUCACCCUGCUACUUCAGUCUCCCAGCGCCAGGUUCCUCACCAGCCCCGACUUCUUCACUGUGCUGCAUUCCAACCCUAGUGCUUACCGUAUGUUCGCCACCAACACGUGUCUGAAGCACAUGAUCAGUAAGGUUCGUCGGGAUGCCCACCAUUUUGAGCGCUACCAGCACAACAGGGACCUGGUGGCCUUCCUCAACAUGUUCGCCAACAAACAGCUGGAGCUGCCCAGAGGCUGGGAGAUGAAGCACGACCACACCGGCAAGCCUUUCUUCGUGGAUCAUAACUGCCGUGCCACCACAUUCAUUGACCCCCGCCUGCCUCUCCAGAGCUCUCGGCCCCCGAGCCUCCUGGCUCACCGGCAACACUUGACUCGCCAACGCAGCCACAGCGCAGGGGAGGUCAGCCCACGACGACUGGUAGGUGAAGACCCUCGUCAUGCCGGCCCACCCGUCGUGCCACGGCCUUCCAGUACCUUCACCUCGGCCAACAGGGGGCAGUGCCAAGACGUUGUGCCAGUGGCUUACAAUGACAAGAUCGUGGCAUUUCUUCGGCAACCAAACAUCUUUGAGAUUUUGCAGGAGAGACAGCCUGACAUCAGCCGGAACCAUUCACUCAGGGAGAAGGUGCAGCUGAUCCGAACAGAUGGAGUCUCAGGAUUGGCCAGGCUGUCAGGAGAUGCCGACCUUGUCAUGCUGCUAAGUCUGUUUGAAGAUGAAGUAAUGUCUUAUGUGCCUCCUCAUGCCUUACUUCACCCCAGCUACUGCCAGUCACCUCGGGGAUCCCCUGUCUCCUCCCCACAGAACUCACCUGGUACUCAGAGAGCUAAUGCCAGAGCUCCAGCUCCCUACAAGAGAGACUUUGAGGCCAAGCUGCGCAACUUCUACAGGAAACUUGAAACUAAAGGUUACGGCCAAGGACCAGGCAAAUUAAAGUUGAUCAUCCGUCGUGACCACCUGCUGGAAGACGCCUUCAACCAGAUCAUGUGCUAUUCCCGGAAAGACCUGCAGCGAAGCAAGCUCUACGUCAGCUUUGUUGGGGAGGAGGGAUUGGACUACAGCGGGCCUUCCAGAGAGUUCUUCUUCUUGGUAUCCAGGGAGCUGUUCAACCCUUAUUAUGGUCUGUUUGAAUAUUCUGCCAACGACACCUACACCGUUCAAAUCAGCCCCAUGUCCGCCUUUGUCGACAAUCACCACGAAUGGUUUCGGUUCAGUGGUCGUAUUCUGGGUCUGGCUCUGAUCCAUCAGUACCUGCUGGAUGCCUUCUUCACCAGACCUUUCUAUAAAGGCCUACUGCGCAUUCCAUGUGACCUGAGCGACCUGGAGUAUCUGGAUGAGGAGUUUCACCAGUCCCUUCAGUGGACAAAGGACAACGACAUAGAAGACAUGCUGGACCUCACCUUCACUGUCAAUGAAGAGGUCUUUGGACAGAUAACAGAACGAGAGCUGAAGCCUGGUGGAGCCAACAUCCCUGUAUCAGAGAAGAACAAGAAGGAAUAUAUUGAGCGGAUGGUGAAGUGGAGAAUAGAGAGAGGAGUGGUGCAGCAGACUGAGAGUCUUGUCAGAGGCUUCUAUGAGGUGGUGGAUGCCAGGUUGGUGUCGGUGUUUGAUGCCAGGGAGCUGGAGCUAGUGAUUGCCGGCACUGCUGAGAUUGACCUAACAGACUGGAGGAACAACACAGAGUACAGAGGAGGUUACCAUGACAACCAUAUAGUGAUCCGAUGGUUCUGGGCGGCAGUGGAGAGGUUCAACAAUGAACAAAGACUACGGCUUCUGCAGUUUGUAACCGGGACAUCUAGCAUUCCAUACGAGGGCUUUGCUUCCCUGCGAGGCAGCAACGGACCACGCAGGUUCUGUGUGGAGAAGUGGGGGAAGGUCACCUCCCUGCCCAGAGCUCAUACCUGUUUCAAUCGGCUGGACCUGCCACCUUACCCAUCCUUCUCUAUGCUCUAUGAGAAGAUGCUGACCGCUGUGGAGGAGACUAGCACCUUCGGGCUGGAAUGAGACCUGCAACUGGCCACCUGACCACCAGCUCCCCGCAGUAGUGUACCCCUCAAGA